AUGGCCAAGAAAGCGAAGUCACGCACCCUUUCCGUGCGCCUCAUCUCGAUGGCGAUGACGGGUUACUACCGCACUAUGAUCCGGCCUCGUGCUCACCGCCCUCUGAGCAUGCUCAAGUACGAUCCCGUUGUCAAGAAGACGGUUCUGUUCCUUGAGGCGACCAAGGGUGGAAAGCAGAAAUAA